UGAAGCAAUAAUAACUACCACAUAUGCUGUAUAUAACAGGGUAUAAAACAGAUGUCACCACACAUUAAACCCCUACACCGUAAUCUGCAUUGUACGAUUAUCUGUGCAUUGUGGUACGCGUAGAAGCUUUCGAGCAUGUAACGUAUGCCUUCGGAUUUUACGUCUAAGAUACUUAAAAAAAAACGCCAGCAGAUGCCCGCCAUAUUGCAAAGGAGUGUGAGCCAUAAGAUGUCGACUGACAAAGAUAGUACAAAAUCCGAGGAGACGAAGGUGGAGGAGGAUGUAAAGGUUGCAGACAAAGUUGAUAAUAAUGAAGGAGAUGAAAAGGGAACUAGUGAAAAUGAGGAAAAGGAACCUCCAAAGAAGAAAGCGAAAGCAAAAGAUGUAAAGUGGGAAGAGAAACACGAAGAGGAGGAGGAGGAGGAAGAGGAGGAAGAAGAAGAAGAAGAGGAUGAAGAUGAUGAUGAUGAUGAUGUGGAUGGAGAAGACAGAAAGAGUAGUGGUGAAGGAAAAGUUCCAUUGCUCGAUCAACCUCUUCAACUUUCUGGCACUCGAGAAAGGAAAAAGGUUCAACGAUUUACAGAAGAAUUUAAGUCCGAACCUAAAGAUGCUGUUUUGAUUGAAAUUCCAGAAGGAAAGGGUACUGCACUCGGUGAUAUUCCUCGCAUUGAUGCUGUUCUACAAAGAUACAAGUCUGAUGAGCUUAAAGCCCUUCACAGACUCCUCUUCAAUCGUGUUGGCAAAACUACAAUGAUUAAAAAGAACCUCCGCAAGUUUAAUGGUUUUGACUUUGACAAAGAAUCUGAUCUAUUUGAAAAGAAGAAAAAUGCUAUACAAAAGUUGGAAACGAGAGUAUUAAAGAGCUUAUGUGGUAUCUUGGACUUGGAGAAGAAGGGUAAUCGUGAAGAAAUUGCAGAAAGGAUUGUUACAUUCUUGCUGGACCCAAAAGAUUCGGGAAAGCCUGUACCUCCGCCUCGACCAAAAAGAAGCAGCGCAGUUAAAGCCAACAACAAAGGCUAUUCAGAAUCAGAUGAUGAUGAGAAACGCCCAGUAAGAUCACGACGUGGAAAGUCAAAGCGAGCAAGUCUGAAGGAAGAUUCUUCAUCUGAGUCAGAAAGGGAGCGCAGCUCUCGUGACAAGAGAAAGACAAAAGACUCUGAGAAGGAAAAGGAGAGUGAAGAAGAUUUAGAUGAGGAUGAAACGGCACCCAGUAGUGAUGAGGAUGAGCCCAAAUCUAAGAAGAAGCGUGGUAAGACUACUACAGCAAAUGCAAAGAAACCAACUACAAAGAAAGUUACUGCUAAGAAAACUCCAAGCAAAAAAGCUGAAAAGAAACUGGCUCCUAAAAAGAGAAAAUCUGGUAGCAAAAGUGAAGACUCUUCAUCUGAAGAUGAGCCUCUUUCAAAAAAGACAAAGGCACCUCCCACAGAUGAUGAAAUCAAGACAUAUGUCAAAGAAAUUUUGGAGGGUGCGAAUUUGGAAGAGAUCACAAUGAAAACUGUGUGCAAACAGGUGUAUGCUCAUUAUCCUGAGUUUGAUUUGGCCCACAAGAAGGAUUUCAUUAAGACAACUGUAAAGUCGUUGAUAUCAACAUGAAUGGACUCCUGCGUGCGUGUGUGUGUUGUAAAGUGUACCUGCAUUAUGAAUGCAUACAAUAUAAGUUUUAUCAAAUUUAAACUUACCAACAACAGUUACUAGCAAUCAGAUCUUGGAUGACAGUGCUUACAUAAUUUUAGUCAUGGAAUUUUUUUAACCUGAUAGUAAUUUUUUCAGUAUUUGAUUGCCCUGAUAUUAGCAGGUUCUUGUUGGCCAGUCUACAUACAUUCUUCAAGAGAAACAUCAUUAUGGUAUUACAUUCGGUUUAUUGUGUUCAUACAUAGUGAAUUAUAAGGUAAUGGUUGCUCCAAUCGUGUAAUAUAUAUAUGUGGAGAUUUAGUGGGUUUUUGGUGUGUGAUGGAUAUGACUUAUUGUUAUAUAUUUCAGUAGUUCUUACACUUUCCUGAGCCAUUUUGUAGGCUUUAGAUUCUGUUAACAAGACUCACUGUUGGUGGACAGUUUCAUCUUGAAUAAGUUUAUAGCUUGGCCAGCAUCACUGAAGUGGUUCUAAACAGUGUGAUGUCUCGGAAGAAGAGGUGCCAUAAAGUGAAUAUAUUUAUUCCUUUAUUUUAGGUAACAAUCUGACCUGUUUUGUUAGAUGUUUACAAAACAUUGAUAAGUGUUCUUGGUGGUCUUGCAUUUGCAGUUGCAAUGUGUGUACAGUAUUUUUUGCAGUACUUGGAAAAAAAUUUAAUACUAUCAGAAAGUAAGGCAUGUAAUGUUUCUGUUUUAAUACACAGAUGUUUGGAAUUGCAUUUUGAAUUGAUGUAGGUUGUACAUUUUAUUAAAGUCAGCUUCUAAUAACUUAUUGCUUAUGUACUUGGGCCUUUUUAAGUCAAUAUUUGCUUUACAAAAAUUAUAUAUUUCAGUAUAUUGCAUACUUUUAAAAAAGCUCAUUUUAGUGAUAUUCUAACUGUUAAUUGUCUUGUCUUUUUUAAUAACCAAGGUAUUGUGCUACCACACGUUUUUAUGUAGGAUAUGCAGCUUUCCAUUCCAAAUAACAGCAUGUAAUUUAUAUCAAAAUAUUUAUGAGUAAAGAUAUUUUUGGCAACCAUUUUGAAUUGACAAUUUUACUUUUUAUCAUUGAGAAAUUUAAGUAGAUGUAUCUGAAAUGACAGUUCACUUGAGUAAAAUAAAGUUUAAAUUACUUGAGAUAUGAUCUGUUAAAGUGUGUUUGUGCACUUGUAGGAAGAUACAAUCAUUUUAGAGGCAUAUACAGCCUCCAUCUUAAAGGAGGCAGUGUCUGUUUAGAGGUCUAAACAGUGUUAGAACCCAAGACCAACAUUGAUAUAUUCACCACCAUGAGAGUCUUUAGUCUCAGAGCUGGACUGUUUUGAUUAUGGGAUAGGAUUUUUGUCAAGCCAAAUAUUUAUAUAUAUUGGAGGAAUAAUCGGUGAAGGCACGAGUAUGAAUAAGUAUUUUGGAAGCAUUGGUUGUUUGUCGUUUUCAGUUUGAAGUCCCUCUUUUUACACCACACAUCACAGAUGUUUGGAACAAGCUAAUGACAUCCUCUGACAGUAGUGUAGUGGAAAAAGAUAUGUUGUAAAUAACUGUCUGAAAGUUUGUCUAGCAAUUGUCUUUUGGAAAUGAUAAUGUAGUCAAAAUGAAUAUUAGGUUUCUAUAUACUAUGGAAUCAGUGAAAGGAUUUUAUAUUUUUUUCUAUUU